UAUAAAAAGAUUAAUCUCAAGAGUGCUCAUGACUAUUGCAUGCAUAUGGGCUUCACUUCUAAAAAUAAAAAGAAGAAAGAUGUCUUCAAAUCAAGAAGAACAUGAAGCAGUUACCAAUUUCCGAGAAUAUUUACGUAUACCAACUGUUCAUCCAAAUGUUGAUUAUAGUAAAUGUGUUGAAUUUCUUUUGCGUCAAGCUCAAAGCCUAAAUCUUCCAUCAAAUAUUUAUUAUAUGGCUCCCGGCCAACCAAUUGUAGUUAUAACAUGGCUUGGGCAGAAACCAGAACUGCCUUCUAUACUACUUAACUCUCAUACCGAUGUUGUUCCAGUCUAUCCAGAAUUUUGGACAUACGAUCCUUUUUCUGCACAUAAAGAUGAAUAUGGCAACAUAUACGCUCGAGGAUCACAAGACAUGAAAUGUGUAGGAAUUCAAUAUAUAGAAACAAUACGAAAAUAUUUAAAAGAUAAAUUAGUUUUUGAUAGAACUAUACAUAUAUUAUUUGUUCCUGAUGAAGAAACUGGAGGAAAUUUAGGAAUGAAAAAAUUUGUUAAAUCACCCGAAUUUGCAGCAUUAAAUGUUGGUUUUGCAUUAGAUGAAGGAUUAGCGAGUAAUGAUAAUAGUUUCAGCAUAUACUAUGGAGAAAGAACACUAUGGCAUCUUAAAGUAACAUGUUCUGGUACACCUGGACAUGGAUCAUUAUUGCAUGAAAAUACAGCUGGAGAAAAAUUGCAAUAUAUCAUUAAUAAAUUCAUGAAUUGGAGGGAUUAUGAAAAAUUAAAAAUGAAGAGUUGCAAUUUAGGUGCUGGUGAUAUCACAUCGAUAAAUUUGACCAUGCUAAACGGAGGUUGUCAAAUUAAUGUAGUACCACCAGAACUAUCAGUUUGCUUCGAUGUGAGAUUGAGUAUUGAUGUCGAUGUUGAAAAGAUGGAAAAAACUUUAAAAAAAUGGUGUAAGGAAGCAGGGGAAGAUGUAACAGUAGAAUUUCUUGAAAAAAUGGCUUUCAUUCAGCCUACCAAAAUUGAUAAAAAUAACCCUUGGUGGGUUGCAUUUAAAAAUGAAUGUGAUGAAAUGAAUUUGAAAUUAAAAACAUAUAUAUUUCCUGGUGCAACAGAUAGUAGAUAUAUCAGACAGAUUGGAAUUCCAGCUUUGGGGUUUUCACCAAUAAACAAUACACCUAUUCUUUUACAUGAUCACAAUGAAUUUUUGAAUGAAAAAACAUUCCUUGAUGGCAUAGAUAUUUAUUAUAAUAUUAUCAAGAGCCUUGCAUCAGUUUAAA